AUGGGUUCUUGUUGUUCGGAAGACACAAAUCCACUACGUCAUGAAAAUCAUUUAUUGCCAGGAAUGAAACGUUAUCAACCACCUCGAGAUUCUUGUACUACUCCUAAUUUAGUAGUACAUCAAACAAAAACUCAAUAUCAACGACAGCUGCCUUCUAAUGACACGUAUAUGGCAGAAUAUUUAGAUGAACGUGGUCAGAAACAUUUUGUACGUUUACCAUUAAUUAUUAAUCAACAACAGCAACAACAAUUGGUUACGAAAAAAGUUGAUAGUUACAAUUUAUUUUUACCACCAUGGCACAAUGAAGAAAUAAUGAGGCAUGAUUUAAAUGAAGAAUGUGCAAUUUGUUUAGAAACAUUUGAAAAAGGUCAGACAGUUGCAAGACUUGAAUGUCUAUGCGUCUAUCAUAAAUCAUGUAUUGAAGUGUGGGCAAUGCAGAAACGAGUGUGUCCGCAACAUACUGAAUGUGAGACGUUGUCAGCAAAUCUACUACAAAUAAUGGUAGAUGAGAAAGAUAACGAUACACAUUCACAACAAAUAUCGGUCAAAAGCGAGAAAAAGAGUUUUAAAAGUACAAAAAUAAAAAAGCGAUAA